AUGUUGAUUUAUCCAAUCUGCGCAGUGCUGGUCCUCGAACUUUCGCACGAGCCUAUUUUUAAGACAUUGGCCGAUGCGGUGAGGCAUCACUUUGCCACAGACCUUUUUUCCAUGUCCGUUUCGCCGAUCAUCCGUUUCGCUUCGCUGGUGAACAGUAAGAAGAUCCGUCUGCCGGAUGAUCUAUACAAGCAGAUGAGAGAAUGGCUACAACUAAAAGCAAGCGAAAUCACCGAUCCGCAGGACGUUGUUUCGGUGCUGACCUGUUGGAACAAGAACGACAGCUGGUUCAAUAUGUUCGUUGAAAAAGCAAAAGGCAGCAUCUCGGGAAUGUGCAGCGCAGAGCUUGUUGGCAUGCUAGCAAGUUUGGCAAACAAUUUAAGUCGACCCCCGCAUGUGCUUCGUCUCAUCGGCAGUGCCAUCGAACAGAACAGGCCGAAUUUGACUCUGAUAGUGUUGGCGCAGUCGGCCGCCCGGCUGCAUUUCAUGGAUGCUGGAUUGCGGCGUCUGGUUGCCGAUGAAACUGUCGCCAACAUUACUCGCUUCAGUAAGUGGUCACAAAUUAAUGCACUUGUCUACUCACUGGCCAAAUUGCGCAUCGGCGAACUUCGAACCUGGAAAGCCGCCGCUGCAUGGAUCAACAACAACCAGAUGAACGCUACCGAUGCUGAAUUAUCAUAUGCACUGUACUGGUGUGCGAUGGCCGGCAAAUGCAGUUUAGUGCAAGAAGCUGCUGAAUUUCUGUCUGAAAAGCUGAAGCCAUUUCAGUUUGAUUCUGCAAAAACUUGGCUUAGCUCAAUUUAUGCUUUAGCGAUUUGUGAGCGACUUUCACCAGAAUUGGCCGAAACUGUCUUACAAGCAUCAUUCGUUGCAGAUGUUCUGCAAGGACUAAGCGGGUUCCGAAAAUUAAUGACAGUAACAACUGUUGCUCAAAUGCAGCUCUUUUUGAAAGUUAUUUUAAACAAAGCUUCUGAAGGACCUACGCUCAGCAUCACGAAUCUCAUGCAGUUACCGCCGGCAAUUCUGGACGAUAUGGCAAUGAAAUUACGUUAUGGUAGAAGUGAAGAAGGGAAUGUGCAGUAUUUUCAUUCGCUAUUGCACAAACUGAUCCCGGUGAACUCGCACGCCUUUCCUCCAGCUCUUACCGAAGAUGGUAUUUUCGUGAAUGCUGUCAUGAAGUUCGAUACCAAGACGAAUCGCUUCGUGCCACUGUGCCAGUUCGAAAGUGUAAAGGCUUCUCGUCUGGCAGUCAUUUAUUUGUCUUGGAAAGAUAGUACUUUGAUGGUAUCUGUUUUACUUCAAUUGACCAGUUCAUAAUA